AUUAUGGUAUGUUCCGUUACCAAGGUGCUUUGGCCCAAGCUCCUCACAAAGAUAUGUAGCAGGCCAGCACGAGCCUUCAAUAUUGACAGUCAUAGCUAGCCAGAUAACCGAAUAUUAAUGUCUUUUUUUUAAGAUGGAGGAUUUUUUUUCUCCAGGAUUUGACUAUUACUGUUUGUAUGCUAAAUAGUUAAAAAAUCCAAGAGUAACUUUUUUCCCCUAGCUAGCUAACGCGUUGCGCUCGGUUGUUAGAAGUGGUCAGCUGUAACAAGUUGGUUAGCUAGUUAUUUAGCUAAAUACUGCUAGCAGUGACCCAUAAAAAUGCCAAACAGAAGCGGUGGUUGCACACGAGUAGCGACGUGUGUGUGCUUUAUACCUGAGUCUGUGGCUAACUAGGCGUUAAGCGUUAGUAACUUUCCGUUCUGUUAACGUCUACAAAUCCUGUGAGUCCGAUGAGCAACAGGUUUAUCGUUGCACUAGUUAGUCGGUGUGCGGCGUGUGUGCAGGAUUCGUAGCACUUUCCAUAACGGAGUUUAUGUGCCAUAUAGGGAAGGAUGAUUAGAAGAAUAUAUGAUCAGCUUGGCUUGGUUAUUAAAUACUGGAAACGACAUGCUGGAGUGUACUUUCACUGCUGUGAGCUGAUUUACAAGUGAUGAGUGGACUGUUGUUGGACUUCAGCUGGCCAUGGAGCAGAAACAGGAUAAAACCGAGCUGAAGGAGCUCUUUAUACGCUUGGAGAAGGAUGGCAUCCCACCUGAGGCCUCGGCAGACGAGCGUCAGUGCCACUUGUGGCGUCUGCUCCGGAACAACGAGGACAACCUAGCCUCAGCCACACAGGAGCUUCAGGCUCUCCGUGAACAGCAGGCCAGUGAGAUGAAAGAGGUAGAGAGUUAUGUCGAGCAUAUUCGAAACAUGCUUGAGGAGCGUGAGUGUCUGACAGCUGAAUAUGAACGGGACAAUGAACAGCUCCGUGCUGAGCUUGAGCAAAUAAAGCACCAGCAAGAGUGCCAAUAUAAAGAGGUGAUGGAGAUGCUGGAGCAGGAAGGCCUCGCUGAAAUCAGUAACAGCAGUUCCAGUGAGCAGGUGGCUUACCUGCUAGUAGAACGAGUCACCUUGCUGGAGAGGCUGGAGGCCGCAGAGAGGAAGCUCGAUACUCAGACACUCACAGGCAACCUUCGAGAGGUCCACCUACAGGAGGAACUGGACCACAUCCGGCACACACUGGAGGAGGAGCUCAGGCAGCAAAAGGAAAUGAUGCGGCUCACUAAAGAGAGUAUGAGCAAGGGAAAAGAAUCUACAGAUCAGAGCCCAUGGAGGAAGCUUUUUGGUGUGCACAAGGCAACAAAAAUGGCACAGAGCCUCCCUCUUGCCCAAAGUGUAGAACUGGAGCAGGAGCGCACAGAGAGGAAGAAGCUGGAGAGGGAUCUCGAAGAGGCAUCCUGCAGACUCACUAUGGCUCAUCAGGAGAUACGCCACCUAACUGACGAGCUAGAUCUGGCUCGGAAAGCCCAGAACGCUUGUGGCCCUGACCUGCAGACAACUGGAGUGGAAGUGGCACUGCUAAAACAGGAAGUAGAACAGUUAAAGCAGUGUGAUAUGGUGGAGCUGCAAAAGGCAAAGGAACACAAUGAGAGACUUGACACAGAGAUUCGGGCACUGAGGGAUAGAGUACGCUCCUUGGAUUCCGAGAGGAAGACUCUUUUGAAAAUGAUUGAGAAUUUUAAAAUCUAUCCCAAUUCCGGAGGCAAAUCUGCAACGGACCAUGAAUCUCCUCAAUCUGUACAGGUUGAUGGAAAUGCCAAUCCUUCAGAACUGUCAGCUACACUAUUAAAUGAUGAAAAGGAUCAACUCCAUAAAAGGUGUCAAAGAGAGUCUGAGGAUAAGGACUGCCGUCUUCGGGAGCUCGAGAGGAGGCUGCAGAAGCAGCAGCAGGAGCACGAGGAGCUGGUGGAGAGGAACGAGGAACUAGAGGCACUGCUUGGAGAGGCACAGAACAAAGCCAAAGAGGAGCGAGAGUGCCAUGAGUGUGAAAUGGACAGCUUGCAAAGAAAGAUUAAAAAUAUAGAGGCAGAGUUAAAUGCAAAGAGUGCCUAUGAGAAGGGACCUGUGGAGAAGUGUGACCAGACUAAAGAGACUGCCUCAGAGCUACAAGGUGCUAUUCAAGAGAGGCUGACAUUUCUUGAGGGUCGGCUUGCCGAGGAGAAGGACUGGAGGAAACAGUUAGAAGUGGACUUGGUAGUGGCCCAGACUUCUCUGAAAAAAGAGAAACAGGCAUUGCAGAGAGAGCAUGAGGAGCUGAAGAAAUUGCGCAUAGAGGUGCAGAGCUUACAGGCUGAGUGUCAGCAAGGGAAAUCCCUCAACAUGAGCCUCACACAGAUAAAGGGAGAAAAGGGAAUUUUGGAAGAAAAGAUCGCCCAGUUGGAGCGUGCUCAGUCACGGCUGCAGGACGACCUGGCACAGCACACAGAGGGCAGCAGAGUGCAGGAGGACCUGAGAGAGAGCAGGGAGCAGGUGACACAGCUUAAUGCUCUAGUUGAACAUCUCCGAUCAGAGCUAUGUAAACUGGAGAGAGAACACAGCACACUGAGGAAUGAGCUGGUGGAGAAGCGAAGGCAGGUGAUGGAGCUGCAGGCUGAGCUGAGUAUCAGAGCCCAGGAGAGGCUGCAAGCCGAGGGUCAGGCGGAGCGGCUUGGUCUGGAACUGCAGCUCAAGAAAGAACAGCUCCAUGCUGUCAGGCAGGAGAGCACACGUGACCCUAAUCCCAAAUCUUCUAUGGGAAAGGAUGACGAGCUCAGCCAGGUGGCAUGUGUGAAAUCAGUGACGAGUACGAUGCACACCACCGUGGAGCAGGAGAGACUUUUUGCUAGUCAGUAUCAGAUGGCCCUGCAGGCUCAGAUCAGUGAAGCCCAGGCCCGGGUCAAGGCUCAGGACUCUGUCCUGCAGCAGAAGGGUGAGGAAAACAAGCAGCUGAAGCAGGACCUGCAGAGGACCCAGCACCUCUUUACGUCAGCUGAACGAGAGCUACGUUACGAGAGGGAGAAAAAUCUCGACCUUAAGAGACAUAAUGCACUCUUGGACCAAGAGAAGAUCAAGCUCUGUGCAGAGCUGAAGCAGGCUCAGGCCAAACUGGCACAGCUGGAGACCAGUGCAGCAGCACAGGCAGCAGAGCUGGAGCAGUUGCAGCAGAGAACCAGGGAGCUGCACCUGGAACUGGCCAGGAACAGCCAGAACAGACAGAGCAGCAGUAGCCUCCGGGAGGAGCUCAGUGCUGAGAGAGCACGGGUUAUUGCUGCUGACAAGAAGGUGUUGGAGCUCCAGCAGCAAUUGAAAAAUGCUCUGCAUCAGUUGCGUCUGGAGGAGGCCAGAGCUGGAGAGACCAGCAAGUUGGAGAGAGACACCAGAGACAUGUCUGAUAACUUGUCUGCCCUCCGAACUAAACUGCAGGAAGAAAAGCUCCAGAGGAAGUUAGUGGAGCAGAGGACAGAAGAGCUGCAACAGCAGGUGCGCUCUCUGCGUACAAAAGAGGCCACCCUCAGUCGCGCUAACUCCGAGCUCUCCCACCGCUUCCAGCAGAUGGAGACACAGCUGGAGGUGCUGCAGAGCGAGCUGAGCUCUGCCAAUGAGCAGCUGAUCCUCAGUCAGAAGAGUUGCCAUAAACUGGAGGAGCAGCUCAUUUCCUCACAGCAGGAGUCAGAAAGACUGCAGGAGGAGUUACAGAAUAUUCUUCAGCAGCUUGAUACCAACAUUAGGCGAUACAAUGAAAAACAUUUUGAACAUAAAACCAAGCUACGCAGAGCAAAGCAGUUGUUCAUGAAGGCAACCACCCAGCGAGAUAUGAAGAUCCAGAAGCUAGAGAAUGAUUUAGCACUUGCAGCGAGUCUGUCUGAAAAAGAAAAGGACUGGAUUAAGACUGUGACUGAGGAGAAUGAGCAGCUCCUGCUGGAGCGGCGAGAGCUGCUGAGGAGGAUGACCGAGGCUGAGGAGAUGGGCACCAACGGAAUACGAACAGCUACGGACACGCAGCAGAGGGUGAAGUUCUUGGAGUUGGAGAAUAAGCAGCUUCAGGACAAAACCCUGAAGCUGGCUAACCAAAUCGGAGUUUUAGAACGUGCCCUGAGAAAUCUUCAAUCAGUGUGUAAUGCUGAGGAGGUAAAGAAGUUCUUUCCCUCUGCUACUCUUCCUGAUGGCCUCUUGCAGACAUCAAGUCCAAAGCUGGGGCUCCAUGACUCGUGGGGACUAUUGGAUGCCAUCUGCAGGGUUAAAGUGAGUGAGCACUUCAAAAGCCUAGAGUCGUCUCUCUCUUUGCCUACCUCUCAACCAUCGGAGAUUGGCUACCUGAAUGUGAGCUCCUCCAUGGCUCCCAAUGUCACCCAGCAUGAGGAGGAGAACCACAGCAUCUCCAGUGAAGAUGCCUGAGGAAAUCGCACCUUAUCAUCAAGAUUGCCAACUAUCUCCAGAUUUAUAGCCAGUCUGUAGUAAUUGUAACUGGGUCAGAAGUUGCCUGAUCAGAGAUUAAAAAGACAUUUUUACUCGAGGCAAGUAACAAGAAAUUGCUCCUUACCAAUCAGUUCAGUGUUGGCUGCCUUGCUCUGAUACUGUUCUGUUUUGUUAAAAAUGCGGUAAGAUUUCACUGUGGCAUCGAAGAGAGUGAAUCUGAGGGCGAGUACAGGAUGACUAAGACCUGCCUUUUCGCAUCAGUUUUGUAGAUGAUUCACUUUUUCUUCAGAAAUGCUUCCUUACACCCCAAUACGUGGGUUGAUACUGUACAGUGCUUUUAGACGAAAUCAUACCUAAUUGGUAGCCAGAUUAUAGUAAACAAUGUCACUGUGACUGAAGCAAUCAUUAUCAUUUUUUGUUUUUGUUUUUGUAAUAUAGAACAUUCACUCUUAAUUUUACUCAGGGUCAUUACCACUCAGCUGAGUUUAUUGCCUUUGCCACUCGUAUUAUGUAGAGGUCCCCAAUCCAGUUCUUGAGGACUCCAGAUAUUCCAGAUAGCCAUGAAGCUGAGCCAUGUGGUCAAAAUUAAACAGCCACUCACCUGACAUUCCUGUGUUCAGUGAUGGGAAAUGUCAAAGAAAACAGAUUGUAAUUCUCCACGUAACUGCUUAUUGACUACACAGGUGGAGGACAUGGCAAACUGGAUCAACAAAUAAUGCAUUAUAAAAUGUUCGGUGUUUUGAAACAUUCAAAAGCAAUAUACUUCAUUUGAUAUCAAGGCCAAAGCACAAAUGACAGCCUUAUAUAUGCUUGGAGAAAAGGUAAGAAACAAUUUUUGUGGUGCAGCUGUUACAUGCCAUGUGUUUUAUAUGUUUUUACAUUGGUAGUCCACAAAGGAGACAUGAUAUUUCACAUGAGAUUUAAAACAAGAGGGAUUCGCUGAAGCACUUUUAAUGUCAAACGGUACAUUGUGAAUGUUUACAAUUGAAAAAACCCUAUUGUAUGUUUGGGAUCCAGGUGAAAUCUGGUACAAAACACUCAACAUUUUAGGAACAAGGGGUAACUGGGAUCUACAGUGCCCUCCACUAAUAUUGGCACCCUUGGUAAAUAUGGGCAAAGAAGGCUGUGAAAAAUGGUCUAUUGUUGAACCUUUUGAUCUUUUGUUAAAAAAAAUUCACAAAAAUACUCUGCUGUCAUGGAUAUCAAAGAAUUGCAAACAAAACACAGGUUUAUAAAAAAAACAAAAAACAACAAUCUUUAAGUAUAGGUGUGCACCAAUUAUUGGCAACCUUUUAGUCAAUAUUCUGUGCUACCUCCCUUUGCCAAGAUAACAGCUCUGAGUCUUCUCCUAUAAUGCCUGAUGGCACGGGAUCUGAGACCAUUCCUCCAUACAGAAUCUCUCCAGAUUCUUCAAAUUUCGAGGUCCAUGCUGGUGUUCUCUCCUCUUCGGUUCACCCCACAGGUUAUCUAUGUCAGGAGACUGGGAUGGCAUUGACAGGACCUUGAUUUUGUGUGCAGUAAACCAUUUCUGUGUUGAUUGUGAUGUACGUUUUGGAUCGUUGACCUGCUGGAAGAUCCAACCAUUGCCCAUUUUAAGCUUUCUGGCAGAGGCAGUCAGGUUUUCAUUUACUAUCUGUUGAUAUUUGAUAGUCCAUGAUGUCAUGCAUCCUAACAAAAUGUCCAGGUCUUCUGGCAGAAAAACAGCGCAAAACAUUAAACAGCCACUACCAUAUUUGACUGUGGGCAUGAGGUACUUUUCCAUAUGGCUACCUUUCUGUGUGCACCAAAACCACAUCUGGUGUUUAUUGCCAAAAAUUUCUAUUUUGGUUUCAUCUGACCAGAGAACCCGAUCCCAUUUGAAGUUCCAGUAGUGUCUGCAAACUGAAGACGCUUGAGUUUGUUUUUGGAUGAGAGUAGACGCUUUUUUCUUGAAACCCUUCCAAACAACUUGUGGUGUUGUAGGUGACUCCGGAUUGUAGUUUUGGAGACUUUCUGACCCCAAGUUGUGUUAUGUUGCAAUUGUUUAAUAUCCAUGAGUAUUUUUGUGAAUGUUUUGAACAAAAGGUUAAACAAUAAAGGCAAUUUUUCACAGCCUUCUUUGCUCAAAUUUACCAAGAGUGCCAAUAUAUUAGUGGAAGGCAGUGUGUGUGAUUUCCUUUCAUAUUCUCAUAUUCUUCAUUAACCUGCCAUCUAUUCAUGGUUGAUGUUAAGUUGAUGGUCUUGUACUUAACCUGCUCUCUUAGACCAAAAAUGGUGCACAUGUAUGUGAGCUCCCUGGCCUUUGCCAUGGUUCAUGACACUGACUAUGACACAUGGAAUUUCAUGCCGCAGAUUUUAUCUUAUUUAAAGUCAGACCUUGUUUUUAUUUAAUACACGUUAGAACUGAGGGUACUGAAAGUGAAACUGAGUAGUGUAUUCUUCAACACAAUAGUAUGUUAAUAAUUACUUCAAAGCCUUGUGCUGGUGGCUGAUGUAUUGCACUAAAAUGAUGUUGCUUAUUGUACAUCAUCGUCUCCAGUCUUAUAUUAAGAGCCUUACAGUGUUGUUUGGUAUAUACGAAAUGAGGUACAUGGAUAUUGAUCUUUUUUUUUUUUUUUUUUUAAGUUGUGAUGUAUUAUUUCCUUCAUUAUAAUCACCUGAGGAACAAAAAUCAAUAUCCUGCAUGUUUUGAAAAUAUUGAAUGCUCAUGGCAUUUAUUAUACUCCUCUGUUGAACAACUGAGCACACGUGUAUUUUCUUAUUAAACAGUGAUUAUAUUUUCA